AUGGUACUUAUAAGUGUUGCAUUGGCGCUCCUAAACUUUGUGAUAGCAUUGCCGAGCUGCUUUGAUCCGACGGGACGUUGCUUGAAUGGUGGAGUGUGUGUGAAGCAAAUCACGAAUAAGUCCCAUUCAACUGUGUGUUCAUGCUCGGCAGGUUAUGGUGGUGAAAAAUGCGAAAAAAUUGUUGACAUGUGUGAGGCAUUUCCUCAUUAUUGCAAUGCGGGUAGCUGUAUAAGUGUAAAAGAAUCUGCUAUUUGUCACUGCUCUAUGGGAUACUUCGGUCAAAAUUGUGAAUACACCUUCGAUAAAUGUAAGCUUGGAAACAUAUGUAGAAAUGGCGGUACUUGUAUUGACAAUAUCUGUUUUUGCACGGCUGGGUUUAGUGGUGAAUUUUGUGAAAGGCAUGUGCCGAAAAGAGAUGACUAUUUGCGAGUUGGAUGUGAAGAGCAUCCGGAAUUUUGUGCACUGCGUUUUGCUGACGGAACUUGUAAUGAGGAAUGUAAUAAUGAAAAAUGUUUUUUUGAUGGUUUCGAUUGUGUUGUAAGUGCACAAAAAUGUAGACUUUCUGAUUAUUGCGCUCUACACUAUAUGGAUGGAAAAUGCGACGAAAAAUGUGCAGUGGCAGAAUGUGGAUUGGACGGCAUGGAUUGUAAUAGGAAUAUGUUUUUUCAUGAUCUAACAAAAAGCAGUACGAUUGGCAUCAUUUUCGAUGUAUCACUUGCUAAAGUUCUUGAUAAGAUAUAUUUACUUCUUGCAAAACUUGCACAGAAAUUACACAAUCCAGUGCAUUUAGCCUUAGAUAACAAUAAUAAAACUCGGAUUUAUGAGUGGUCAUUUGAAAGUGGAGUUGGGAAACAGAUCGAUUUAAAGAAACGAUGGGAAAUAUCAAGAAACACAACGGGUGUUUUGCUUUACGUAGAUAUUGAUUCGACAUUUUGUGAACGACGUCUUCAUUUGAACAAGUCAAAUGUUUUGCCUUGUUUCACGGACAUUUUUGGUGCUACUGCUUAUCUUCAUAGUGCACUCUAUGAUGGAGACAAAAACCGAAUAAGCUUGGAUGACGUUACUGUUGAAGGACUUUUCGUAGAAAAUGGUAGAAGCCAUUCUCUUCCAAUUAUUGCUAUCGGCUUUAUCUGUUUUGUCCUAGCUGGAAUAACACUGUCGUGUUUCUAUGGAAUUUAUGGAUUUUAUGAUGUAUUGAAAAAACGGAAUGUCGGAAAAAAUCAUGCUCCUGUUUGGAAAAUACCGCCUUUGCAAAGUAAUGCGACCAGUUGUUCAACAAUAUCAUCCGCUGAGAACUACUUUCCCGUAAAGGAUACUUGUGGAAGGGAUGGACUACAACCGUUGUCGCUUUUCUUAAUUUCAACUUCUUGCAGGCGAAAGCAGCCGAGAAAUCUGGCAGAAAGCGAUGAAUGGAAGACAUUAAUCAGCCUCGAUGCUUUCUUCAACGAUAAUGGUGAUGGAGAUUGUUAUUUGGGGCCAGACUUAUUAAAGGCAAUAAAAUGUAAUGACGUCAAAACAGUAUCGUUUUUGGUGCUUUGUGGAGCGGAUGUAAAUUGUUCUGAUUCGGACAAUAAUACAGCUUUGCAUCAUGCUGUGAUUGUUAACAGUGACCAGAUUGUUCGCCUAUUGCUAAGUACUCACCGAUGCAAUUUGCGGGCUGUAAAUGUCUUGGGGCAAAUACCACUCACUUUAACUGUUAGGUUUGCUCAUGUCUCUGAUCUGUGUGCUCGCUGCAUUCUUGACUUCAUGUACACUGAGUAUUGUCAACAAACAGAAUCACUAAAUGAUACUUCCACUCCACAGCUGGUUGCUUUGCUUCCGCAAAAUGGUUUAUCGCAAUCAAUGUUUAUAACUUCUAAUAAUGUUUGGCAAUUCGACCCUUCGUUAUUGAAGCCGGCAGGGUCAGUUGGUUGUGUUUUUGCUCGGGAUAUAUUGUCCGAAAAGAAUGACCCAACUCUGACUGAUAUUUUCGGGCGCACUGCUCUUCAUUAUGCCGCACUUAAUAGACGUGUCGAUCUUUUACCAAUGUUAUACGCAUUUGGUCUUAAGUUGGACACGGAAGACAGCAAGGGAGAAACGCCUUUAUAUCUGGCUGCUCGCGAAGGCCAUUUGGAUGUGGUUAAUUUAUUAUUGUCGUUUGGUGCAAACAGUGGGAUCAAUGAUCAACUCGGACGUACGCCGUUGGAUGUGGCGAGGGAAAGAAGGCAUUAUUUUGUUGUGGAACUCUUAGAAAAUGUGACAACUAAUAAUGAUGAUAUCACAAAGACACUUAAAAAAAAGCGAAUUCGUAAACCGUCAUGCGCAGCGAAGAGUAAGUCGAAAAGGAAAUCUCAAAUCCCAGUUUCGCCUUCUCAGGUGACCAUUCCAUUGAAUUCAUCAAGUAUUGCGACUGGAUUGAAUGAAGAUUACAUGGAAAACAUUGGUGACAUUGAUGAAGAUAUGGUGAUAUCAAGCUCACUCCUGAAUUCCAUCGAGUCAUUUGUACUUACACCACCCGGACAAAUAUUGGCAGAAGAAGAAAAAGAACUUGAUUCGGAUGUUGUAAAUCCAGCUGUGCCGGAUUAUAUCGAUCUUUCGACAAUUUCAUGCCUGCCAGCAGAAUUUUUCUCUAAUGAUGCGUUCUCCAUGGAAUCUUCCCAGGUCCAGAGAUUUUUGGAAUGA